AUGUACUGCGUCAAGGCGCCUUACAUCUGGGACUCGUGCAUAUGGGCGAUGUUCACUGAUGCUGCCUUUGUAAUGGCAAUGCUCCUCUACGAGAAGAAGGAUGCCGUGUAUGCUUGCGCGGAUUUGAUCCGUGUGCAAAUGGGUUUAUUUUACUUCGGCGCUGGCUUUUGGAAGAUCAACGAGGCCUUUCUCAAUCCGCGGGUGUCAUGUGCAUCGUUUUUCGUUGCUUCACUCCUCUCCUUUUUCCCUGACGAUCUCAUCCAACGUAUCCCUGGUGGCGUUGGCCCUCUGCUUGCCUACGCGCCGCAUUUGACGAUCGCCGGGGAGAUGGUUCUCGGCCUCUGCCUCCUCGCCCCGAGCCGUAAGGCACACGGCGCGGGAAUCCUCCUGUCCGCGUUGCUGCACUACUCCAUCGCUAUCACUCCCUUUCCCAACCAGGUGCCCACGUUUGGAGUCAUUUGCAUCACUCGGCUUGUCUUCGUGAUGCCGGAAGCGUGGGUUGCCGCGUGUGGGGAGUUUCUGGCGCUGCCGCAGACGACAAGCGGCCUCUUGCUUCGCAUCUGCAUGGGAGCCGUAGUUGCUGGAUCGGUUCGUUUCACUUCCAUGCCUGGUUUCUUCAUGGACUGGUGCCUCCCACUGCAGACUGCUCUUUGCUUCCUGGGUGCCCGAGCCGUGACGAUCGGAUCCCCGCCACCCGAUGCCAAGGCCCCAGAUCCCAAAGGGAUACGGCACGGAGUGCUCCGGAUCGCUUUCUUCGUGCUCUUGCUCAUGACCUUUUCCUACGUGUUCCUCUUCCAGCUGUUGGGGAUUAUGGAAAUCUCAGCGGUGGCGCCCUUCGCGGUAAUCCGUCAACAUGGAGGAUCCAACCACCUCUUCAUGCCGACGUCCUUGCUCCAGCAGUGGGAGAGCACAUCGCAGCUGGACAAGUUCGGUGGCGGCAUCGUGCGUGUUACAGCAUGCACGAGCGAUUACAUGAAUGCCAUGUAUCCAUCCAACUGUACGGAUGCCCUGCCCGAGCGCGUCGUCGCCAUUCUGAGGGAGGGGGGUCAUAUAGCACAGCAGUUCGCCCCAACAGUAAACCUAAUGCUUGGGCCGGAAAUCCGAGCCAAGAUACCACACUGGCAGCCAUCAAGCGGCGUUCCGUUUCUUUCAUACACAGUGCCAGCUCUGCAGCUUCGGAGGAUGGUAGCCGAGGCACGUGCAACCAACGAGAAGUUCACUCUGGAAUAUGAGCACUUGCCCGGUCGGGUGGGCGAUGAAAAUUGGCGCCAGACCGCCGUUGCAUCCUGGGUUCGCCUUGAGGAAGACGGGACAGGUGGUCGACAGUGCCAUGUACGCCGAGACGCGAAGGCUGCUUGGACGCCGUGUUCCCACGACGAGCUGGUGCUGCAGCCAGCCCCUGAGGGACUGCUGAUGAAGAUCAUGCUUUUCUUCCCGUAUCCAAUCAUACCAGGUUUGGACACACUGCCCUGCCUGGACUGA